UGUCGCUCUGGAGGAUCACAUGGCGGGAGAUAAACACUCGCGAGCUCACCCCAGUGUUCGCCGUCGUCUCUGCAGAGUGUGCUAACCUGUUAACAGUAACUAAACACAAUGAAUCACGUGAGGAACAUUAAAGAAAUGUUGAGCAUCCCAACUGGAAGCAGGAAUGGAGCUACCAGUGGCUACUCCAGUUUUACAGACUCUCAGAUUUUCUUUGGGUCUCAGUUUUGGCCUGAAAAUUCUCAAGGCUUAUCACAAGAUAUGAGUGUGUCAUCCAGGACCUCCCAACAAAGUUCACAAGAGGGGAGUGACAUAAAGGUUUUAAGCAGUUAUCACACAAAACCUCUCCUGUUUGGAGACUUAAAGGACAAAAGUAAAGGUUUCGGAUUACUGGAUAAAUUUGAGGAGGACAAGAAACGGGCAAAAGAAAAAGCUGACAGUGAUAUUUUAGCCAAAGAAUGUCAGCAUUUUCGAGAAACUCUCAACAGUAUCCAACAAGUGGUCGCUGGCACAGAGAGAAAUACUGCUGUUUGCCAGAUAGUCCUUGAAAAAUUUGAAAAUUUUGCAUCAACAUUGCAAAAUAAUUUCAACAGUCUACAGAGUGAUGUUUCCCACCAGUUUGAGACAUUGCUGAGUAAAGUGAAUUCCCAGAAGGAGAAGACGACUGAAUUGGAGGAGAUGGUUCAAAAGAGUGGAGACGUCACAUCAAAACUUGGUUCAAACCUGCAAAGCUUAAAGGGUAGUCUGGAGUCUCUGAGAGAGGAGCAGGAGAGAGAAAAAAAAAUGCUUGAAGACGCUCUUAAGCUGCUCCGCACUCUAGUUUCAGAGCAGUCAGUCAAACCCUGCCCCAUGAGAGUGAUGGACAGUGCCAUUCAGACAUCGCCAGGGCUGGAACAGUCAUUUUCAAACAUCCUACAGGACAACAAGCUUGAGGACACACAGUCUACAAGUAUGACACAAAAUCUUGAGCACAAUCAGGGUAAAGUCCCCCCUCAAGGUAUCAGCUGCGUCAGAGAAAAGGGGAAGUUCACUGUGAGAGGCCAUAGGAAGCGCAAAAAGCGCCCACUGGUGCUCUCACAGAGGAGUAAGCAGACAGUCCUGGAUGAAAACAGUCAGUCUCUCCUGAACUGUGACAAACAACCGAAUGUGUCAAUGCCUCUCCGUGAGCGUCGUGAUCUGAACGCAGUAACCAACCAGGACAAGGCAGUCAGCCCAGACUGUGUACUACCGGUGAGCAGGGAGAGGAAAUCCGUAGCUUCUGGUUGUUUCAUCACCCCUCUUAGCUGCUGGUCUCAGGACAGCAACAGCUCUGUGUGCCUCGCGGGAAUGGAACCCAUCUUAGAGAAGCUCCCAGCGGAAUCCAGGACGGGGACCCCAGUGAAACCUGAAGGCAUCUGGCAGUUGUUUGACAUGAAUGACUCUUUCAUAGGCUUCUAGAGGCUAGGGCUCAGAGCAACGAAGCAUUUAUUUUGUUAGUUUGGGAGUGAAGUCAAAAGUAUUUGUUAUAUUUAUUAUAAGGUGUGACCUAUGUUCUAUUAGCUGUGGAGUUAUUCAGUUUCUGUCUUACAUUUAUGGUGGAAUAGUUGUGCAGAUUGUGAAAAAGCUUUAAUGACAAAUAACGAAAAAGAACAGCAUGAUCCACAAAGCAUUACACAUUUAAAAUUCUUCCUCUUCUUAGCUUUUUAUGCUUACAAAAAUACUGUAACAGUUAUGCGUCUCGGCUGUCUUUAACUUUAAACUUGUUCUGUUUAUGUUUCUGCUGACUUUACAUUGAAAAUAAACUACAAGUGUUUGCAAACAAA